CUUAGUGUUUUGUAUCCUUAUGUUUGCGUUUUGUACAUAAUAAAAUAUUUUGGUAAUAUAUAAACACGAGAGUAAAUAAAAAUAAACAUGUUUAAGAAAUUUGAUGAGAAGGAAAGUAUUUCUGGGUGCAACAAUGCAAAGUCAUCUGUUCAACGAGGUGUAAAGCAGUCGGUUAUAGCUCAAUAUCCUUUCAUAGAAAAUUACUUGAGCGAGAUUAUGCCAAAGAAGGAUGCCGUCAAGUUAAUCAAAUGUCAUGAACACAUAGAGAUUCUGGCCAAUGCAGCUGGAGAACCAGUGUUCUUCCGACAGAGGGACGGCCCUUACAUACCCUCCUUGAAGCUCUUGCAUAAGUUUCCAUUUAUUUUGCCCCACAUGCAGGUAGACAAGGGGGCGAUCAAGUUUGUGUUGAGUGGAGCCAAUAUCAUGUGCCCUGGCCUUACCUCCCCUGGAGCUAGGAUGACCAAGCUCGAAAAGGAUCAGAUUGUUGCAAUCAUGGCUGAAGGAAAGGAGUGUGCUCUGGCUAUUGGGGUCACCAAAAUGUCCACAGAAGAAAUAAUUUCAAAGAACAAGGGUAUAGGUGUGGAUAAUAUUCACUACCUUAAUGACGGUCUAUGGAAUAUGAAGCCAGUGAAAUAGCCACAGAGUCUGUUGGUUGUCAUGGGAAAGUGCUUGAAUGGAUGACAAAAAAACCAAUGACAGGGAAUGCUACAGCGUUCUAGCAUCAACUGCUUCAUAAAUUAAAUACACACUGAUUAUUUUAAUUGCAUAUGCUUUAGUCCCAGAACAAGGCACACAUAGAUUUAUGGUAUAUAGCAAAUUAUGAGGGCAUAAAACCAGAGUGUUCCACCUAUUAAGCUGUUUUUAGUAGCACCCUGUACUUUUUUAUGCCCCUGGAUCAAAAGAUCGGGGGCAUAUUGUUUUUGGCCUGUCUGUCUGUCUGUCUGUCAUUCAUUCAUUCAUUGUGUGUGUCCCAAAACUUUAACCUUGGUUAAAGUUUUGCAAUUACUUUUGCAUUAUUGAAGAUAGCAACUUGAUAUUUGGCAUGCAUGUGUAUCUAAUGGAGCUGCACAUUUUGAGUGGUGAAAGGUCAAGGUCAUCCUUCAAGGUCAAAAGUAAAAAAAACAAAUCCAAGGAAAGUUACAAGCUUUAAAGGGAGAUAAUUUCUAUUUAUCAUUUGGCAGGUACAGAUCGUUUUCACAAGGGAAGUAAUACAAAAAAUUUAUUCCCUUGUAAAAAUGAUCUGUACCUGCCAAAUGAUAUAAUCCAAAGGGAUAUAGUAAAAAAAAAUUAAAUCAAAGCGGCGCAGUAGGGGGCAUUGUGUUUCUGACAAACACACAUCUCUUGUUUAAAUAUUUUGUGAAUUAUAUUAAAGGUCUGUUGAAUCAAGAUAUUUAAUGAAAGGUUAUUGAUUUUGUUCAGGAUGUAUAUAAAAUAUAACUGCUAUGAG